CGACCAGUGCAGACGGCGAACCCGUCAGAUACGAUUUGGUCAAUAGUUUCCGAGGAUGAUUUUCGACAGCAUCUCGUCGCUCUGGAGAAGCGAACCAAUGCUGUGCCCAUUGACGUGAUGACUGAAAGGGUGAAAGGCACCUAUAAGACUGCAACGAGCAGUGAGACCCUGCCACUUGUGGUUGAGAAGCAAGUGGCAGACGAUCUCGCUUACAUCGCGGCCGUAUCAGAAGGAGCCCAAAGCGUUGCAGCAGUAUGUCUCGAGCAGCAUAUCAGCCUCGCAAGUGGUAACGAGUGCGAACGCUUUCUGAAUGCCAAAAUCGCCGGCAUGGACAUCGUGGAUGACGCUGUCAAGAACAUGUUGGGCGAUAUUGCUGAAGUGCUACAGGUCGUUGCCCGAAGCACAAGCACGGAUGAAGAUCGCCAACACAGUACAUCCGUCCCGGUCAUAUUCAACAUCAUCAUUCAGCAGCAUACACAAAAGAUCUUGGGCCGUUUGCGAUCGAAGAAAUGGACGAAACCGACGUAUCUGGAUCGAACGCAUAAGAAGUCACUCUGGCAGGACUUUGCUAAUGUGAUUCAUCGGGUUCAACACAUCUAUCCCAAGAAGUCGGAGCGGAGAGUGAGGGAGUCGACGGUAGCGCAACUCACAGAGCUAGCCAAAAUCUAUGAAGACUUCGAGACCACCGAUACAGAGACCUCGAAUGCUUUACAGCAGCUAGUACAAGCGACCUACAGAUCUUGCAGAUUACCUGAAAUGAGCGCUUAUGCCCUCAAGCUCGAGCAAUCCAGCUCAACUCCGCAAAUCGGGGCCGCACUCAAGACUUUGCGUCAACUCGAGAAAAUCGGGGCAUACUGGAGAAUAGCUCAAGAUCUGGUAGCCGCUGCAUCCCAAUACUCUGCAGUAUUUCAUCGUAUCCACUUCGAAUACGUGCCUCCAUAUGCCAGCGUACCCACAGACAUCACAUACGAGAGCUGGGCCGGCAAAUGUCACGUUCACGCAGAAGUCCAACUCGUCGUCGAGAUUGCUCUACAAGCUCAAACUCAUCUCCCAACAAGCAGCGGCGAAGGGAUAAGGAAGAUUCCGCCGAGAACAAUCGGCACGAGCAAAUAUCUCUGCUAUCUCUGUCAUCUCUUCCUGCACUAUCACGGCGGUUUCACACUCCUCCCCACUCAUGGCCGAUUGUACGAUCAAUGGACGGUGCCGGAUUUGAAGGAAUAUGAUUUCGCUUCGAGACGGAAAUUGGCGAGUGUCCUGCGGGAUAUGGAUGCGCAUGUGAGGAGACGGAUUGAGGAGUUGCCGGGAGUGGUGUGGAGGGCGGAACCGAUGACGAGUCGACAGAAUUUGUUG